AUAAAUAAUAGAUUUGACUCAAUUUUCAAAGUUUAAUACUUUUUAUUAAUUAGAUUGGACUGGUUGGUUAAUCACAUUGUAAACGCCCGCUCUCUAUUUCACCACUUGGUUUCUCAAAGUCCAUGCUCGUGGCGUAAUCUCUCUUCUUCGUAUCGGAAUCAUCGAGAUAAAAGUGAAGAUGGCGACGAUGGAGAGCUUGAUCGGUUUGGUUAACAGGAUACAAAGAGCAUGCACUGCACUCGGCGAUUAUGGCGGCGGAAACAACGCUCUCUCUUCUCUCUGGGAAGCUCUUCCUUCUGUAGCCGUCGUCGGUGGCCAGAGUUCUGGAAAGUCUUCUGUCCUAGAGAGCAUUGUCGGAAGAGAUUUUCUCCCUAGAGGAUCUGGUAUUGUUACGAGGAGGCCUUUGGUGUUACAGCUACUUAAGACUGAACAUGGAACAGAUGAAUACGCAGAGUUUCUCCAUCUUACCAAUAAGAGAUUCACCAACUUCUCUUUGGUUCGUAAGGAGAUUCAAGAUGAGACUGACAGAAUCACUGGGAAGAACAAACAGAUCUCUCCAGUUCCUAUUCACCUCAGUAUCUUCUCUCCCAAUGUUGUGGAUCUUACUCUCAUUGACUUACCUGGUUUGACUAAAGUUGCUGUUGAAGGACAGCCAGAAACUAUAGCUGAAGAUAUUGAAUCCAUGGUUCGCUCAUAUGUAGCAAAGCCAAACUGUCUUAUACUAGCAAUAUCUCCUGCCAACCAAGACAUAGCCACCUCUGAUGCGAUCAAGCUCGCCAAAGAAGUGGAUCCAACAGGUGAUAGAACGUUUGGAGUUUUGACAAAGUUAGACUUGAUGGACAAGGGAACUAAUGCAUUGGAUGUUAUAGAAGGAAGAUCAUACAGGAUGCAGUACCCUUGGGUUGGGAUAGUGAACCGUUCACAAGCAGAUAUUAACAAGAAUGUUGAUAUGAUGGUUGCAAGAAGGAAAGAGCGAGAAUAUUUUGAAACCAGUCCUGACUAUGGUCACUUAGCUAAUAAAAUGGGUUCAGAAUAUCUCGCAAAGAUGCUCUCUAAGCUCUUGGAAUCUGUUAUAAGGGCACGUAUUCCAAACAUCAUAGCCUUGAUAAACAGAAGCAUCGAGGAACUUGAAAGAGAGCUAGACCAAUUGGGUAGGCCUAUCGCAAUUGAUGCUGGAGCUAAACUAUACAACAUCUUGGGAAUGUGUCGUGCAUUUGAAAAGAUAUUCAAAGAACAUUUAGAUGGCGGGCGUCCUGGAGGUGCACGUAUAUAUGGAAUCUUUGACUACCAACUUCCAGGAGCCAUUAGAAAGCUUCCUUUUGAUCGUCAUCUUUCGUUGGAAAGUGUUAAGAGGAUUGUCUCACAGUCUGAUGGCUAUCAACCUCAUUUGAUAGCUCCAGAAAUGGGUUAUCGUCGUCUCAUUGAAGGAUCCCUACAUCUUUUUAGAGGUCCAGCUGAAGCUUCUGUGAAUGCUGUUCACAGUGUCUUAAAAGAGCUUGUCAGAAAAUCAAUAGCAGAAACUGAGGAGCUUAAACGGUUUCCUUCACUACAAACUGAGCUAGCUGCUGCGGCAAACUCAUCUCUAGAGAAGUUCCGUGAAGAAAGCAUGAAGUCGGUUCUUAGGUUAGUCGACAUGGAAGCUUCAUAUCUAACUGUAGAUUUCUUUCGUAAGCUUCAUGUAAUGGACACACAAGGAAGCCAAAACACAUCUCUUUCAUUACCAACCACAGUAGAACAGAACGGUGAAAAACAGUUCAGAACGAUAGCUUCAAAUGUAGCUGGUUACAUCAAAAUGGUCGCAGAUACACUUGCUAACACCAUUCCUAAGGCCGUUGUUCAUUGCCAAGUCAGACAGGCGAAACUCGCCUUGCUCAAUUAUUUCUACACACAGAUGAGUCAGCGUCAGGGGAAACACUUGGGGCAGUUGCUAGAUGAGAACCCUGCGUUGAUGGAAAGGAGGCUACAGUGUGCAAAGAGGCUAGAGCUAUACAAGAAGGCUAGAGAUGAGAUUGAUGCAGCGGUUUGGCUUGGAUGAUGAAGCUAAGUCUCCAUGUGACAGAGUCAUGUGAUUAAGGGUUUCAUAUGUUAAAGAUAAUAUACAUAACCAACUAAGUCUAAUGUACCAAAGAAGAAGCAACAUGAUUCGUUGCCUUGCCUCCAGAGUUAUUUAGUACUUGAUUAUAGUUAUCCUCUGUAUACUAAACCACAAGUCACAUGACCAAUAAAACUUAGACAUGUGGAAUAAGUUUUAAAAAAAAUUUGAAAAACAAAAUCUUAUUUUUUACAAUUCCAACUACCUCAAAUCCUAAAAUUUCUCAAAAUUCUCAUUCCACGUUUUCUUAUCUAACUGUUUUCUUUUCUAUAUAGCUUCUUCUCUAACUUUCCACAGUUUCAAUAUUAUGGCUGUGAAUCUUUUUAAAACGAUCAAAACAGUAAAGAACUUCUAACUUUUAUUGGUCUUUCUUUUUUUUUUUUUUUUUUUGGUCAAAGCUUUUAUUGGUCUUUCUUUCUGUCAAUUUCUCACAGUCCCCUCAAAGGCUCAAACUCCACUAUACUUACCAUAUGUAUAGAGCCCAAACAGUAAAAUAAUUCAGAUUUAAAAUGACCCUUGAGUAUACUUCUGUUUGAAAGCUCCAAAAAGAAUCUAUACUAUAUUAAAAGGGAUAUAUGAGCUCCAUUGAGCCUAUCCACGUCAGAUUAAAAAAUCAACCAAUGAACAAUUUGGUUUUUGCCACGUCACACCGUCUUGGGCAGUGUUUGGGCUGGUUUUUUUUUGAUCCGUGAACUGAACUAUUUGGCCCAAAAGUCCAGUCCAAGAGAAACCCUAGAACCUGAGACUGGGUCGAUGAUUUCCUUCCACAUCUCCACUUUUGAGCGGAUCCUCUAUCUCCUAGAUCCAUCGUUUCCUCUUCUUCAAUAGAUCAUCGAUCUCCUAGCUAUUCACGAGGAGAAAAGGUUUCUACAAGCAUACAACAAAGAAAGGUAUCUCUAAGUCAAAGCCUUCUUUCCGGAAAGCCCCUCCGAAACACGCAGCCACCCAAGUUUCUGAUGCUAUGCAGCAGGAGAUGUUGAUUUCGCAUGGCUUCUUCGAUGUCAACGGUACCGUUUACUUGAGAUCGUUCUCUCGACUGCACAACUUCGUACACUUCUUCCUCAAAUUCGCUUUUAAUUGUUUUCACUGAGUCAAUGGCGGGUCGUGGUAAAACUCUCGGAUCCCGCGUUGCCAAGAAGGCGACGUCUCGGAGCAGCAAAGCCGGUCUCCAAUUUCCCGUCGGUCGUAUCGCCCGGUACUUGAAAAACUGCAAGUACGCGUUCGCCGGAGCUCCGGUUUACCUCGCCGCCGUUCUCGAGUACCUUGCUGCGGAGAUUCUGUAUAUAUACACACUUGCCGCGGGAAUCGCUUCUCACCGGAGAGAUACGUAUCGCCGGAACCACCCCGUCGCUUGAUUCUCGAUUCGGCGGAGAGAUACCCUAAUUUCUCUUUUAUUGUUGAACUCAAUCGAAGAUAAGGCAAUGGUGAAAAGCGAAGUGAAGACCGAGAAGCUUGAUGACAUCACAAUCAAAGACCAUGAGCACCGUCGUCGCGUGGUUAGCUCCGCCGAGGCCUUAGAUAGAAAGUUCAAGAGAACCGUCCUCUGCGUGGCGAAACCGUCUUACCUUCUGAGUCUGCUUGAGCGAAGUAGUACCCGAUGCAACUACCUCAAACGGUUGCCGAAGAUCCUUAGUGAGCUGCUUCGCCAGAGAAACUGGAGAGAAGCUAGCGGUGUACUUAGCGUCUUGAUGCAAGGGACUAUGGGAGAUGGGUCUCCUUCCAUGAACCGCCUCAAAUACGAGGUUCUGUCUUUUUCUUUUUCUUUUCCGAAAUUGUGUCUGUGUAGGUUCAGUUUAGUUAAACCGUGAUUUAGUAAAGCGGUUUUGGGUUUUUGUUGAAUUUUUGAAGCUAGCGGUGUACUUAGCGUCUUGAUGCAAGGGACUAUGGGAGAUGGGUCUCCUUCCAUGAACCGCCUCAAAUACGAGGUUCUUGAAUUGGCUGGAAACGCGGCGAGGGACAACAAGAAGACGAGAUGCCACGUCAUAUCCAGUUGGCUGUGAGGAACGACGAGGAGCUGAGCAAGUUGCUUGGGGAUGUGACGAUUGCUAACGGAUGUGUGAUGCCCAACAUUCACAACCUUCUUCUUCCCAAGAAGGCUGGUGGUGGUGCUUCCCCGCGUUCCGGUGACGACAAGUAGAUUUAGUUAUGUGUUUGUGGGGUUUUGACGAGGAGGUUUUAGGUGAAUCUCUGUGUACGUUUUAGAGUCUUUUGUAAUCCAGUAACAAUAAUAGUGGAGAGAGUGUCAACAAUUCGAAGAACAAGAGUGGAAACAUGAAAUCAUAGAUUUUUUUAUCUAUUUAUUUUGUCAUUUCUGGUCUGAAUAAUGAAAGUUGAUAUUAUCUGUUC